AUGGAUCCUCCUCAACUCUUCCGGCUGGGAUUGCAUGACAUCUCACCUAAAUUGCUCUCUAAUGCUGUUAGUAAUAAGGUUUUGGCACCAACUCUUGCAGAUGCAGAAACUAUAUAUGCACUAUCCAGCGGUCAAGGUAAAGCUGGAAUUGCAGUAAUUAGGAUUUCAGGUCCAGAUGUUAGGGGAAUUUUGUCAAAAAUAACUCGAAAAAAUGCUUUUCAGCCUAGGUUGUUUUUUACGUCAGAGAUUUUUGAUCCAUUUAAAGAAGUAUUAAUUGACUUUAGCUUAGUAGUAUAUUUUUCUGGUCCUGAUAGCUUCACAGGAGAAAAUGUAGGAGAAUUGCAUAUUCAUGGUGGUUAUAGUGUAAUAAAGUCUGCCCUUGAAAUGUUGGGGAAAUUUCCAAAUACAAGAUUGGCUUAUCCUGGUGAGUUUACAAGAAGAGCAUUUGCAAAUAAUAAAUUUGAUUUGACUGGAGCUGAAGCUAUAGCUGAUUUGCUUAAUGCUGAAACAGAAAUUCAACGUCUCCAGGCAUUGGGUCAAAUGAGCGGUAAUUUGAGUAAAUUUUGCUUUAAAUGGAAAGAAGAUUUGGUUAAAGCAUUGUCAUUUCAAGAAGCAUUGAUUGAUUUUUCAUUUGAAGAUAUUCCUGAAAAUGUUGAAGAAGAAGUAAAUAGUUUAAUCAAAAGCAUUUAUGAUAGUAUUUCUGGUCACUUGGAAGUUAGGUCAGGUGAAAAAAUUAGAGAUGGUUUGUCAGUAGUUAUUUUGGGUGAACCAAAUGUUGGUAAAUCAAGCUUGAUGAAUAAACUAACUAAUACUGAUAGCGCAAUUGUUUCAUCAAUUGCUGGUACAACUCGAGAUAUUAUUGAAGUUAGAAUCGAUCUGUUUGGCGUUUUGAUUAAUUUUUUUGAUACUGCAGGUAUUAGAAGAAAUAGUAGUGAUCCUAUUGAGCAAAUUGGUAUUGAUAGAGCAAGAAAAAAAGCUCAAAUUGCUGAUAUUAAAAUAUUUAUCUGCUCUCCAAAUAAUUUAAAAUUAAAUGAUGAAUUAGCUCAUUUAGGUAGAAUUACUGGUGAAGUUGACAUUGAGGAGCUUCUUGAUGUUAUCUUUAGCUCCUUCUGUCUUGAAGCUGAAGCUGCAGCUGUUUGA